UCUCUCUCUCUCUCUCUCUCUCUCUUCCCCCCCCCCAAUUCUCCCCACCAUCUUCCUCGCGCUCCCUUCUCGUCGUCCGUUAAGCCGUCGCGCGCGCGAGACACAUCGUCGUCGGUCGUCGGAGCCGUGUGACAGCUCCCGCGCGCGGUCUCCACUCCGUGCGAGUUCGAUCGUCGUCGUCGAAGAGCGGAACGAACCGCGCGCGCGUAACCAGGAAUACCAAGAAUAAAACGCGACACCGCGCGGACUGACCGAGGUUCCGGGGAGGUCGGCGCCGUCCCCGGCGACGAGCCGCCCGCGAGUGGCGCGGGACAUCAUCGACGUCGACGUCGUCGGCGAGUCGAUUCAUCGUCGAUCGGCCGGUCAGCGGUAGCAGCGGCAGCGGCAACAGCAGCAGCAGCAGCAGCAGCACACAGCAGCAGUAGCGGUAACAGCGGCAUCGGCGGUUUCGGCGGCGAAACCAUGGCGGACGACCAGGAGAAUAACACGUGCGAGGACUCCCUCGGGACCGGCGACACCAACACCGCUUUCGCCAAGAAAUUGCGGGGCCGGAAGGGCGCUCUCAAGAAGAAAAAUGUCUACAUGGUCAAGAAUCACAGCUUCAUGCCCAGAUUCUUCAAACAGCCCACCUUCUGCAGCCACUGCAAGGAUUUCAUAUGGGGCUUCGGGAAACAGGGAUAUCAGUGCCAAGUCUGUAGUUUCGUCGUUCACAAGCGAUGUCACGAAUACGUGACCUUCACGUGUCCGGGUGCCGACAAAGGAGCCGACUCGGACGACACGCGGACGAAGCACCAAUUCAAGCAACACACCUACAACAGCCCCACCUUCUGUGACCACUGCGGUAGUCUUCUCUAUGGUGUCAUCCACCAGGGCAUGAAGUGCCAAGCAUGCGACAUGAACGUGCACAAGAGGUGCGAAGAGAGCGUGCCAAAUUUAUGCGGAUGCGAUCACACCGAAAGACGUGGUCGUAUACACCUGCACAUCACAUGUUCCGGUAGCAAACUCUCCAUAGAAGUGCGAGAGGGACGAAAUCUCAUUCCAAUGGAUCCGAAUGGACUAUCGGAUCCCUACGUUAAGCUGAAGCUAAUCCCGGAUUCGGACAACGUGAAGAAGAAAACAAAGACAAUCAAGUCGUGCUUAAAUCCAGAAUGGAACGAGACAAUCAUCUUCGACCUCAAACCCGAGGAUAAAGAUAGGCGGCUGUUGAUCGAGGUAUGGGAUUGGGAUCGAACAUCUAGAAACGAUUUUAUGGGAUCCCUGUCCUUUGGCAUAUCGGAGCUUAUUAAAGCGCCCGCGAGUGGAUGGUUCAAGCUUCUCACUCAAGAGGAAGGAGAAUUUUACAAUGUACCUGUUCCUGAGGAAGGCGUCGACCUCGCCGAGCUUAAAACCAAAAUGCGGAAAACUUCGGUGACGAAAAAAACACACACGGCCCAGGAUAAGGAUGUUCCGCACAACAUGGGCAAAAGCGAUCUGAUACGAGCCAGCGAUUUCAAUUUCUUAAUGGUACUCGGCAAAGGCAGUUUCGGUAAGGUCCUGCUGGCGGAGAGGAAGGGAACCGACGAGCUGUACGCCAUCAAAAUCUUGAAGAAGGACAUCAUUAUCCAGGACGACGACGUGGAAUGCACAAUGGUCGAGAAACGUGUACUCGCGCUCUCGAGCAAGCCGCCCUUCUUGGUGCAAUUGCAUUCUUGUUUUCAGACGAUGGAUCGCCUCUACUUCGUGAUGGAAUAUGUGAACGGCGGCGAUCUGAUGUACCAAAUACAGCAGUGUGGCAAAUUUAAAGAGCCGGUGGCAGUAUUCUACUCUUCUGAGAUAGCGAUCGGUUUGUUCUUCUUGCACUCGCGCGGCAUCGUCUACCGCGAUCUCAAGCUCGACAAUGUCUUGCUGGAUCAGGACGGUCACAUAAAAAUUGCGGACUUCGGCAUGUGCAAGGAGGGCAUCACCGGUGACAAGACUACCAAGACCUUCUGCGGCACGCCCGAUUACAUAGCACCCGAGAUUAUUCUAUAUCAACCUUAUGGCAAAUCUGUGGAUUGGUGGGCUUACGGUGUAUUGCUUUACGAGAUGCUAGUCGGUCAGCCACCGUUCGACGGGGAGGAUGAGGAUGAACUUUUUUCCGCGAUUACGGACCACAAUGUCAGUUAUCCGAAAAGUCUAUCUAAAGAAGCCAAAGAAGUUUGUAAAGCGUUUCUCACAAAGAAUCCAAGCAAGAGAUUAGGAUGCGGAGUACGCGGGGAGGACGACGUGCGAAGCCACGCAUUUUUCCGGCGUAUCGAUUGGGAGAAGAUAGAGAAUCGUGAGGUGCAGCCACCCUUUAAGCCAAAAAUCCAACAUCGUAAGGACGUGAGUAACUUCGACAAGCAAUUCACCUCCGAGAAGACAGACCUGACUCCCACGGAUAAGCUGUUCAUGAUGAAUUUGGACCAGACAGAAUUUAUGGGUUUCUCGUAUCUUAAUCCGGAAUUUGUGCAACACAUUUAAGCGGAUAUUUUUUUCUCAGGCUCUUGUAUCCAUCCUUCACUUUAUUCCUCGUUGACCAUCUUCCUCUUUAUCACUCAGGGCUCUCUCAUCCUUCUUUUUCACUCUCUGUCAAUUUCUCUCUCUCUCUUUCUCUCUCGCCUUGUCUCUCUAUUUCUUACUAUAGCAUUCUCAUGACAAAAACGAGCGAGAAUUUGAAGCGCUGUCAUUUCUGAAUCUCGCUAGGAAUUCACGCGAGAUUCUUCGGUGUAUUUCUAAGGGAUUAUUGAUGGUAUGUUGUACUAUUUACGCUGUAAAAGAGAAAAAAGGUAGAAGAAUACGAUAUAUAGAUGUCGAGGUUCGUCGAAUGAAUCCGAAUAGCUGUCGUGAAGAAAGGACGAAGCUGACGGAACAAUAGCACGUAGGGAAGAAACGCGUUUCCCGUAAAAAGAAAUAAAGAAAAA